UAAACGAGAGUCACUGCUCCUCUCGCGAUACUUCCUCAGUGGGUCACGGAGCAGUAUGGCAGCCGUCUCGCUGAGGUCCUGCCGUAGAGGACUUUCACAUCUUUUAAGUAAUAGAGGUCUCGCAGCUUUGUCUUCACAGCACCUGGAAGGGGUCAGGAGACAGAAGUCCACAUUGCAGUAUGCUUCACGACCAGACCUUCCCAAGCUGGCCUACAGAAGAGUGAAGGGGAAGAGCCCAGGUGUGGUCUUCCUCCCAGGAUAUGGCUCUAACAUGAAUGGGCAGAAAGCUGAGGCCCUGGAGGAGUUCUGUAGGUCACUCGGGCACUCGUACCUUAGGUUUGACUACACAGGACAUGGGGCCUCGGAGGGGGUGCUGUCAGAAGGGACUAUUGGUACCUGGAAAAAAGAUGUCCUUUAUGUGUUGGAUGAGUUGGUAGAGGGGCCACAGAUAAUGGUGGGGUCCAGUAUAGGUGGUUGGUUCAUGCUGCUGGCUGCCAUUGCAAGGCCAGAGAAGACUGCAGCUCUGGUGGGCAUCUCCACUGCCGCUGAUCUAAUUGUCACAUUGUUCAACUCUCUUCCUCUGGAGACACGCAAAGAGUUUGAGGAGAAGGGGGAGUGGAUCAUGCCCUCCAAACACACAGAGGAGGGUCUUUACAAGUUCAGCAUGGACUUUCUGCGGGAGGCAGAAAAUCACUGUGUGCUCCAGAGUCCAAUCCCCAUCACCUGUCCUGUACGGCUCAUUCAUGGCCUCAAAGACGAGGACGUCCCCUGGCACAUCUCCAUGCAAGUUGCAGAACGCAUCCUCAGCAAUGAUGUGGAUGUCAUCCUCCGGCGACAUGGCCAGCACCGCAUGUCUGAGAGGGACGACAUCAAGCUCAUGGUCUACACUAUCGAUGAUCUCAUCGACAAGCUGACCACUCUGGUCUGAGAAAGGAAUGGGCAUGUGAACUUGAGAGGUUGCUGAGAUAAGGAGAGAAGGACUGUGUUUACUGGGAAGUCAACCCUCAAGAAAUGUACCAAACAAUGGCAUGUUUGUCUGCCAAAUAUGACCGUUUACCCAUCUGUUAUCCUCCCCGUACUUCAUCUGUCAACAUGCCGUUACAGUGCAAACUCUAUUGAAAGGAAGCUUCCCUGUUAGAUGUUCCCUUAUAUCUUCAGGUUGCAUUUGUAUGUUCCAGGUUAUUAUAUGGAGUGUUAUGUUGGCCUUUAUUAGGUCCAGUCUCCUGACUGCUUCCCCUUCCUUCUUUAGACGCCUAGUGUUCCUGUGCCUUUUUUAGUCACUUUUUGGCCAAUAAAACCUCUGCACACUGAA